AUGGAGGAACGGUCUUGUAAGCUUCAAUUCGAAGCGAGGGAACUUGAAUUGAUUGACAAGAGGGUCAGUGAACGCCUCAAUGAAGUUAAGUUGAAGGAAAAGAAUUUGGAUCAACUCCAAAAAUCGAUACAAGAUGGCGAGAAGCACUUGGAUAAAAUGUCUAAGGGACUUCAAAAGAAAGAGUGUAAACUUCAAGACCAGGCCAAAGAGCUUGCAUUGAAGCAGAAAGAAGUUCAUUCGAUCAAAAAAUCCACUGAAGAGCACACCCCAAAACCUGAUAUUGAAAGAGAGUUGAAGAGAAUUGCUUUAGUGGGUAGUGAAAUCUCAGCUGUUCUUGAGGCCUCAUUGGACCAAGCAAAAUUGGUUUUGGAUGCAAUGCAAGGGUUUUACCCCUCAAAUUCGACUCUAGGCAACAGGGAAUGUGAUUUAGAUUUAGGAGUUAUUAGAAGGAGUUGUAUUCUUUUGUUAGAGGCUUUAAAGAAAGUCUCACCGCAAAUUAAUCCUCAUGUGAGAGAAGAAGCAAUUAAGUUGGCAGAUGUCUGGAAGGCUAAAAUGACGAUGGCAACAGAGAAUUGGUUGGAGAUUUUGGGUUUUUUGAGGCUUGUUACUACGUAUGAAAUCACGUCUUCUUAUGAUGAGAAUGAGCUUCAAAGUCUUAUUGCUAUAGUUGUUGAGAAUGAACAGGCAACUGAAUUACCCCAGGCUCUUGGUAGCACAAAAAAUGCAUCUGCCAUCAUCAUUUGUUCCCCUGAGAAACCAGAAUCUUCACUGGCCAAAAAUGCAGCAGCUGUUUCUUUUCCGAAUCUUCAACUAAUUGCUACUACAGAUGCAAGGACUUUGCAGGGAUUUCUGCAUGAGCUUGCGAGAGGGAAUCAUUUAAUACAUAAUGAAACUUUGGCUGCUCUUCAGACGUCAUUGGACCCAGCAAACUUUGUGUUGGAUGUGAUGCAGAAUUCUUUUGCUCAAUACUGGGGAGACGGAGAUGUUCCUUCUAAAGAAACUGUCAUGUUGAGUUACAUUAACCUGUUGGAGCAGCUAAUGGGUGUCUCACUGCAUGUUGGUCGUCAUGUGAAGGACGAUGCGGAAAAGCUAGCAAUCCAGUGGAAAGCAAAAAUGGGAGCUGAUACUCAAAAUUCAUUGGAACGUUUGGGUUUUUUGCAGUUUAUUGCUACAUAUGGGUUGUUUUCUACCUUUAGUAGAGAUGAUAUUGCACCGCUUCUUGGGAGAAUUUCUCAGGAUAAACAGGCUCGAGAAUUAUGUCAGAAACUCAGGUUUGCAAAUAAGAUCCCAGCACAUUUUAUUAUGAAACUUAUUGAAAGGAGGAAACUGCUUGAGGCUGGAAGGUUGAUUUGCACCUUCAAGUUCAUUGACAUUUUCCCCCCAGUACCACUCUUAGAGAAGUAUGUGGAGAACAGAAAGAACUGGAGGUGUAGAAUUUGCAAGAGAAAGAACUCACUAGAUAAAAAGGAUAAGGUUUUAGAUAAUGAUAUUGCUGAUUUAAGAGCUGUGAUUCAGUGCAUCAAAGAUUGCAAGCUCGAGUCUGAAUACCCAUCCGGGAACAUUGAAAUACAAAUAGAAGUGCUUGAGAAAAUAAAGGAGGAUCGAAGAAGACAUUCAGCAACUUCUCUUGCUUGCAAACAUGAGAAUUAUAGACACCCUGGGCAGUUUGGUAUGGCUGCGGCCAACCAAUAUGGAAUUGGUGCUAAUUGGGGACGUUCUGGGCAGUUUGAGAUAUGUGUUGGGUACAUGGGAUUGUUGGAAAGAGGUUGUGGAAUGGGAUUUGGGUUGUGGUUUAUGUUAGUUUGGAGUACUUUUAGCACUACCCUAUGUACCUCACCGGCACUUGAAUACUUGGAAACAUUGGAUACUUGGAUAUUUUAG